AAAACAUACAAAGAAGAUACACUUUGAAGAGGGAAGAGGAACGGAAGAAGGAAAGGAAAGGGAAGGAAAAGGAAAAGGAAAAGGAAGACCGUUGCUGUGCCGGGCAGCUGCCAGACUGAACUUAGGAUAUUUCAACCUGUGGAGAGUCGCGAGAGAGUGUAUUUGCGGCGGUGGGUCGCGGUGCCGGCGUAGUGGGAUGAGACGACCCCAGCAGGAUACUCUUCAUCAUCACCACCACAGCAACCACCACAACCAUAACCACCAUCACCACCAUCACCAUAACCAUGCAUCGCCAGCAAGCCCAACGCGCUCGAGGCAAGCCCACGACAAGGACGAAUCUCGACUGGCAAGAGUCAAGCGAGUCCUCGCAGUCUCCCUUCUGGGCAGAUCCGGGGGUUCGAACCGUGUUUUCGGUGUCCGCCUCGACCUAGUAGAGCCUCACCAAGACACGGGAGUCCCGUUCGUCGUCCACCGGCUGUGCAGCUACAUCGAAAUCAACGGAUUUCAAAGCUCCACCGUCUUCCGGUUGUCCGGCGGAAGUCCUCGCGUUGCCGAACGGCUCCGUGCCGCCUUCGAGAGGCGAGGGGAUGCCGACCUUGAGGGCACCGGAUGUCCGCCAACGGCUGCCACUCUGCUCAGGCAGUACCUCAAGGAACUUCCGCAACCUGUUGUGCCCUCCACCCUAGUCGGCAGUCUUCUUCUUUCCCACGCACAAAACUAUGCCAAGGAUCACGAGAGCUGGAUAAACUCGACGAAGGAUCUCCUGGCAACACUUCCGCCCUCGCAUUAUCGUCUCCUGGGAUACCUGACCGUCUAUCUGGGUCGGUACGAAGCUAAGCAUGGCCGAGGCGCCGGGGUUUGCGGCGUUUUUGCCCCCGUAAUCCUUCCGCACGUUCCUCCAGCGACGACUUUACUUCGCGACAUCCUCGCGGCGGCUUCUCUUCUCUUUCCUGACUGUAUCAGGGACACAACGUUUAACGGUGUUAUUACAAACGAUUGCAGAGCCUGCGACAAAGGUUCGAAAGAUAAUUUGAGAGAAUCGGAGAGUUCGACGUUCCUCAGCGCGCUGAAGCCGCGGAAGCGUAAGGAUCGACGCGAAUCCUGCUGUCAGGAGCGAAAAUUAGUUAGAAGUAACAGCGAAGAACGAGUCCCAGAACCAGUACGCAAGAGUGCGGAUUCCAUUCGUCGUGUAAGCAGUCACGAGGAUUUCAACAGCGCCAAACACUUGCCGUCAAAGGCAGGCCAGGAUAUGGGCCAUGGAGUGCGAUGCACGGGUCUCCCGCUCCACGAGCGGACCAACAUUUCGCCGGUAUCCAACAAACCGUCUCCGGUUCCUUCGCCUUGCGACGUGGUUCUUGCGGCCGAGAGAUUCGAAUGUGAUGCUGAACGCCUCAGGAGCAGCGAGCGUUUCAGCCGAAGCGUGACACCGAGGGGGAGACGACAAGCUCGAAGGCGAAGGAUUCACGCGGAGAAAGACGGCGACCAAGGCUCGAGCAAGGAAAAUGAAGAAGAGACGGAAAACAUUUACUCGGUGUCAAAUCACACCAAUAAUCACAACAAAACCAGUGGACAAAGUUUUUUGGAGAUGCUCAGCAGUGGACCGAGCCGUUCGCCAUCGCCAGCCAGACCUCCCACGGUUGAACUCGACGAGUGCAGUAAUCCCAGUCUAACAAAUUGGGGAUUCACACAUAGACAAACUGCUGAUGAUGAAGCAAAUGCACGUGUGGAAGCUAUGUUAUCUCCCCGAAACUCAUUGCUUGUACCGCGCAGAUUUUAUUCUGAGAAUGAUGUCCAGCCUAGUGCUCCAGAUACGCCUGACCGAGGUCUAAAGACAUUGACCAAACACAUAAAUGGUCUGAAGAAGAAAAUCAAGAAGUACGAGGAUGAGUUUGAGGAAAACUUUGGAUAUCGUCCCAGUCAUUCCGACAAAAUGAGCAACCGUGACAUCAAACGAAUGUGUUCCGAAUUAAACAAGCUUCGGAAGGAGCACAAAUUACUGAAAGAGGAUCCAAUUGGCGCUCUAUUAGCAAAUGCAAAUAACAAACUGGGAAAUUUUGGUAAUCAAAUGAACAACAACAAUAGCGAAAAGUCAAGGACAGCACUGAUGCAAGAAAUGGUGAUAGAAGUUGAGAAAAAGUUGAGCGACAAACGGCUGAAGUACGACAGAUCGGACAACAUGGAGGACUUGUCUUACGAACAGCUUACGGAUGAGAAAACUGCGGUACAAAAGGCACUGCUGCACAUCGAAGGGACCUUCGGAAGACCUGUUUCAAAGGAAGAUAGAGAUGUCGUGCGACCGCUGUAUGAUCGGUACAGAACCCUCAAAAGAUUACUGAUCAGAGCUGGACCGAAUAAAAACAAAGACAGUGUAUCCGAGUUGGCGACUAUUCUAGAACACGAGGCAAUGGAUUUCACAUCGUCUUCUUUGCCUAGUAAUGCUGCUGAUGGCGAGAGACGUGCUAGCGAACCUGACAUGUCGCAUCGAGGAAUUUUAGAUUGCAUUGAAAACACGGAUCAGCUACCAACUGACAGCGAUAGUCAACAUAGCAGCAGCGAGGGUAGCCGUGGGGGUGCAGAGAGCCUUCACGCUCUACCACACGAAGAACUUUUGAUACAACAACAAACAACUCGAGAAGAGAAAAAACGUCUCCGCCGAGCGUUGAAGGAACUAGAAGCUCAAUUUGAAGCACGUGCUGGGCGAAGAAUGCAACGCGAAGAUCGUGGACCUCCAGUAACUACGGUGUACGAAUCUUAUAAACAGGCUAAGGCUAAAUUGAGGCUCAUAGAUGCUCUUAUCGCGAAAAAGGCCUGAUGGAGUAUUUAAUCAUGCUGCAAAGGCUAGGCUGGGAAUGAUUGAAACCUCAGAAUUUACAGAUAUUCAAAGUUCUCUAAGUAUUUUCUACGUCGACAUUGGGACCGGAUUCUUCGACUUGUAUUACAUGAGGUUGGAUCUGUCGGUGCAAAAAAUUUGUAUGUACUUACUUUGUGAAAAUCGUUUACAGUGUAACAGUUGUUGAUCAAGCCAUCUUCAAACUAUUGGUGAGUCGAAGACAGAUGGAACAUGUGUUUUACGACAAGUCACAACGUAUUUAUUAUUUGUAUAAAUAUACGAGAAAUUGUACACGUAAAUACUCAAUUCUAUCAUACAUUUCUAUGUACACGGUUACAUUUUUUGUAUAAAUAAUCACAAAGCUUGAAAAGUACGAAUCCAAUCCGAUAUCUUAUAACAACAAUCAGAAAGCACGAUCAGUUUCACAGUUCACAGAGUUUUAAAGUAUGUACGUUAAAUAUUAAUAUUCUAUACUUUAGGGAUCCAAACAAAACCAGAUACUUGUAAGAAGUGGUAAAUAAUGUGGAUCUAUUGAUUCUAUUAUAAACAUGGGACUCGAAUUAUUGAAAAUCGAAAUUUUUUUCCAUCUUAUUAUUAGAUCAGAUAAGGUUCAUAAACGAAGGCAUUGGGUCCAAUUCAAUUUUUGAAGAGGCAAAAACCUCAAACCGAAAAUUAUUAUACCUCAUCGACGUUGCAUUGGAAAUGACCGAUAUUGCAAACUAUAGGUAAUACCGAAAACACUUUCAUAAGAUAAUUAUCAUUUUGCGAUACUGUUCAAUCUCGUCAAUGCAAAAUUAUAUAUUAUAUAUUGAACAGAUUGGAGCAGAACCAUUUAAAGAAUGGGUACUUAAACGUACAUAUUUAAUUUUGAUCAUGUUCCAAUGUGAAAUAAGACAAGGUAAAACAUUUGAUGCUACCUAUGGAUUGCUUUUUCAACAGUUUGCGGUUAGCAUGAAAUUUGAGACCGACAUCGUAAAACGAAAUAAUGGAACAUAGAACCGAGAUCCCGAUACAUUAAUCACGAACUUUAUUUGAUUAAUCGAGGGAAUAUUUAUUAGAGAAUAGAAUCAGCUUAUCAAAUUCAUUAAAAUAUUAUUCGCAUACGCGUGCAUAUAUAGUUACUUAUACAUCUACUUAAGAACGUCAGAGGAAGGAUUUUCGAAUUUUAUAAUGACUGUUUAUGAAGGUAUUACGUAUUUUUAAUUAAUUAUGGGCUUUUCACUAUUUAUAUCAUCAACUUAUUGAGUUUUCAUAUUUUUGUAAAAGUCGUAUUAUUGUUUGAAUAAAUGUCCCAUCAUUUCAUCCUAAUUAUUGAUGUAUUUUACACGGCAUCAGUAUUUUCUUGUAUUGAACUGGUAUUUAAGUGUUACUUCAUACGUAAAUUUUACUUUUCAUUUAACCAUAUAACCCACGAUUUCGCUCGUGCAAAUUUGUUACUCAUCGAAUCAACGGAAGCGUGGAAUUAUUUAUAUGAAAUAAGUACCUCAAUGAAUAUUACGUGUUGUGUAGGUAUAAGAGAACUAUGAAAUGUUAUAAGCAUAUAACAAUAUUAAAAUUUAUUAAGAUCUGUGAGUACUUGCGUUUUUAUUUGUUUUCUUUGAUUGGUAGACAUUCUGGAGUUACGGUCGAUAGUAUUUUCAGUACGUAAACAAAUUAAAUACGAGCUCUCACUAUUGAUACCAUCAAUCUUGUUUAAAAGGAGGUGAACCGCUUGAAUACUACCUUUUUCACGAAACAUUUCCUCACCUAUUUUAAAUGGCACGGCCGAUUCUGAUAUCAUUGCCAUUAUAAUAUCAGCAUCGCGAGUGGCUUUUUUUAAGUUCAAAAUUACUCUGGAUCAUUUUCCUGACAAAUUAAAUAUCAUUAUUUGAAGCAGAUGAUUUGAGAUUGUACAAAUUUAAUCUCGAAAGGUCACUUCUGUGUAUUACAAAACGUGCAAUUCCAUUUUUUAGUUGAUUCACUGACGUUAGGUGAAGAUAAUAAUAUAAUAUAUUUGAUAAUUUUUCAAAAGUAUUAUAUAAUGAAUAGGAGUCGUCAAAACUUAUUAUUUGAUAAUUCUAUCGAAGUGUUGAACUUAAUUUGAUUCAAAGGAAUCGAGUUUUUCUUUUAGACCAAAGCAUGUUUUAGUCUGUGAUAAUACAAAAUGUUAUGCAUGAAUCUUAUUGAGAGAUAUGAGAAUGGAGCAUCAUUUUUUUACGAGUUUCGAAGAAAUUCUAUAUCUGAAAUUCCCGAAAUUUCUCGGAAUGUAACCACGAUUCUAUGAAUUUUUUGAAAAGUCAAAAUUGAAGUCUGAUCUAAAAAAUCAUGAAGCUAUGUCGGCAUAUAGCUUAUAAGGUAUAAAACAAUGCAAUUUUCAUUUGUGUGAAAAUUAGAGAAAUUGUAUACUCCACUUGGUGUCAUGCAAAAAAAUGUUCAUGUCAUUGUUCCAUGAUGGUAAACUUGUUUCGUGCUCUGGCGUAAACAGCAGCGAUGAAAAAAUUUUGAUUUUUGAGUUUAAUGCCUAAAAAGUGUUAUGAUUUACCAAACACAAUAUAUGUUGCUUCUUGUGCUAGGGGGAAAAAGAAAAUACUAUUUAUAAGAGUACUGUUUUAUAUGUGAAUAUAAUUGUUUUAAAUAUUUUGUAGCAAGUAGCAAACAGAACGAUUAUAUAUUAUAUUAUAUUAUAUUAUAUUACAUUAUAUUAUAUAAUAAUAUAUAUACAUAUAUUAGAAUCAAGUAUCCUGAUAACAUUCUAGCUGAUGCAUUUACAAAUUAUAUCGAAUCAUUUCAUUAUCAUCUACUGUACUGCAAUUAGAGUGGCUAUUGUAUUAUUACGCAUGUGCAGUUUCUAUGAAAAAAACACUUCAAGGUACAUUUAUUUGAAAAUGGAUCGGCUAUAACAACAUAACAAUUACAUAUCUAGGGGAUGUAUAGAUUCUCAGAAGAAAUAUAAUGAGUAGUCAGUAAAACUGGUAUUAAACACUUAAUACAUUCAUAUUACAUUAUAAUAGAAAAAAUGAAGGAGCAUACUUUA